GUUACUUUAUAUCAGUAGUUGUACACUACUUUUGUAACUUUGUUCUUAAAUUCCCUCUUCUUCUUCCUCCUUUACUUUUGAGCUUUCUUUUCUUAAAUUUGUCUGUCUUUGGUUGUGUGUCGAACAAACUAAGUAAAGAACCAGAAAAAUUUGAAAAAAGUUGCAGUAACAGUGAACAACAAUGGCGGAAAUUAGUCACCCUCCCAUGGAACAACUUCAAGACCUUGAGUACUGUAUUGACUCUAACCCACCUUGGGCUGAAACAAUAUUGUUGGCUUUUCAAAACUAUAUACUGAUGCUGGGUACAAGUGUAAUGAUCCCUUCUUUGCUUGUUCCAGCAAUGGGUGGCAGUGAUGGGGAUAAAGCGCGGGUGAUACAGACUCUUCUGUUUGUAUCUGGCCUUAACACUCUGCUUCAAGCACUCUUUGGAACCAGGUUGCCAGCAGUAGUAGGGGGAUCCUUUGCUUAUGUCAUUCCCAUUGCUUAUAUUAUAAGUGACUCUUCAUUGCAACGGAUUAGUGAUCAUCAUGAAAGAUUUAUUCAGACAAUGCGCGCUAUCCAGGGAGCUUUGAUCGUUGCCUCAAGCAUACAGAUCAUCCUAGGCUACAGCCAAGUUUGGGGUCUCUUUUCAAGAUUCUUUAGUCCUCUUGGUAUGGCACCUGUUGUUGGAUUGGUUGGUUUGGGGUUGUUUCAGCGAGGAUUCCCUGAAUUGGGCAAUUGUGUAGAAAUUGGAUUGCCGAUGCUGUUGUUGGUUAUUGGAUUGUCACUGUAUCUAAAGCAUGUGAGACUAAUGAGAGAUCUCCCGAUAUUUGAAAGAUUUCCUGUGUUGAUAUGCAUCGCCAUAGUUUGGAUCUAUGCUAUUAUUUUGACCGCUAGUGGGGCUUACAGAGACAAACCAGUUAGAACUCAGCAUAGUUGCCGCACAGACAGAGCAAAUCUUAUAUCUACUGCCCCGUGGUUUAAGUUCCCAUAUCCUCUGCAAUGGGGUCCACCUACUUUUUCCGCUGGUCAUUCGUUUGCGAUGAUGUCCGCAGUUCUUGUUUCUAUGGUUGAGUCAACUGGUGCAUACAAGGCAGCAUCUCGGUUGGCUAUUGCUACCCCCCCUCCAGCGUAUGUGCUGAGCAGAGGCAUUGGCUGGCAGGGCAUUGGUGUUCUGCUUGAUGGUCUCUUUGGAACAUGCACCGGUUCCACUGUUUCCGUGGAAAAUGUAGGACUUCUUGGACUAACCAGAGUUGGAAGUCGCAGGGUGGUUCAGAUUUCUGCUGGCUUCAUGAUAUUCUUCUCUAUCCUAGGUAAAUUUGGAGCUGUAUUUGCAUCAAUACCCUUCCCCAUAUUUGCUGCGUUGUACUGUGUUCUCUUUGGCCUAGUUGCUUCUGUGGGACUAUCAUUUCUUCAAUUCACAAACAUGAAUUCAAUGAGAAACCUCAUCAUCACCGGUCUUUCCCUGUUCCUCGGGAUUUCUGUUCCGCAGUUUUUCAACGAGUACUGGAAUCCCAGUCGCCACGGCCUUGUUCACAGCAAUGCAGGAUGGUUCAAUGCUUUUCUGAACACCAUAUUCUCAUCUCCGGCAACUGUCGGUCUAAUCGUUGCUGUAUUUCUCGACAACACACUGGACGUCGAGAAGUCAAAGAAAGAUCGGGGAAUGCCGUGGUGGGUCAAGUUCAGAACAUUUAGAGGAGAUAACAGAAAUGAGGAGUUCUACACUUUGCCGUUCAACCUCAACAGAUUUUUUCCUCCAACAUGAUUAAUACACCAAGAACCAUAUUAUUGCAGUCGAAAUGGAUCAACAUGAAGAAUAGCUUUAUUUUUUGAGCUGUAAAUCCAGGAAUAUUUAGUAAUUUAGCAAAUGCUAAUCUAUGUUCUUUACUUAUUAAUCCAAUUUUUUGAGGACCAGAGUUGUCCAUAGAAUUUUAGGUCAUUUAGGGCCUUGGUAGCAUCACAAUAAGGAUGAAAAUGAGUUAUCUAAUCUGUAAUUUUUUAGGGCAAAUUGUAUGCGAAGCUUAACAUUUUCAAUUUCUAAAAGAACUAAGGAUAAAUCCUUCUAAUUUUAUGAUCUAUUGUUUA